AUGCAGCUGGUGGCCAGCCUGGUGUCCGUGCUGCUGCUGGCGUGGAGCGUGAGAGCCAGCGCCUUGCCCGGCGAGGAGAGAGCCGCCGUGGCGAACAGCAAGGAGCAGACCAAGGCCCGGAAGGACAUGAUCCUGAAGAUGCUGGUGGGUCUCCUGGAUGGGAUGGACACGGGGCGCGAGGCAGCUUCCACUGACUUUGAAGAGCCCCCGGAGAGCAAACUGGAAGAGGAGCGGCUGGCUUUGGGGCGGUUAGCCCAGCUAUCACAGCGAGACCGCAAAGCCCCCUGUAAAAACUUCUUCUGGAAAACCUUCACUUCCUGUUAA